UGAAUGAUGGGUAUAAAUAGGAGGUUAUGAGGGGAAGUAAAACGUUGUCCUUAACCAGCACCAUUCUCUUACAAGCGAGUGUUCUUCUCUCAACUUUCUGAAUUCAAUUUUCAUCACUCGCUUCGCAUCUUCAGCUUGACAAAUGGCCACCGAGACCUUCCUUUUUACUUCCGAAUCUGUCAACGAGGGUCACCCUGACAAGCUCUGCGACCAGGUCUCUGAUGCAGUUCUCGAUGCCUGCCUCCAGCAGGAUCCCGAUAGUAAGGUUGCCUGUGAGACCUGCACCAAGACCAACAUGGUCAUGGUGUUUGGAGAAAUAACAACCAAGGCCAAUGUAGACUAUGAGAAGAUUGUCCGUGACACUUGCCGCAACAUUGGAUUUGUCUCUGAUGAUGUCGGUCUUGAUGCUGACAAAUGCAAGGUCUUGGUCAACAUUGAGCAGCAGAGCCCCGAUAUUGCACAGGGUGUCCAUGGCCACUUUACCAAGCGCCCAGAGGAGGUUGGUGCUGGUGACCAGGGUCACAUGUUUGGUUAUGCUACUGAUGAAACCCCGGAACUCAUGCCUCUCAGCCAUGUCCUUGCAACAAAACUUGGCGCCCGCCUCACCGAGGUUAGGAAGAAUGGUACAUGUGCUUGGCUGAGACCAGAUGGUAAGACUCAAGUAACUGUUGAGUACUACAAUGACAAUGGUGCCAUGGUCCCAGUUCGCGUCCACACUGUCCUUAUUUCCACCCAGCAUGAUGAGACUGUUACCAAUGACCAAAUUGCUGCUGAUCUUAAGGAGCAUGUUAUCAAGCCUGUCAUUCCUGAGAAGUACCUUGAUGACAGGACCAUCUUCCACCUUAACCCUUCUGGCCGCUUUGUCAUUGGUGGCCCUCAUGGUGAUGCCGGUCUCACUGGAAGAAAGAUCAUCAUUGAUACUUAUGGUGGCUGGGGUGCUCAUGGUGGUGGUGCUUUCUCUGGAAAGGACCCUACCAAGGUCGACAGAAGCGGUGCCUAUAUCGUAAGGCAGGCAGCAAAGAGUAUUGUGGCUAGCGGUCUUGCCCGCAGGUGUCUUGUUCAGGUUUCCUAUGCCAUUGGUGUCCCUGAGCCCUUGUCAGUCUUUGUUGAAUCUUAUGGAACUGGGAAGAUCCCUGACAAGGAGAUCCUUCAAAUUGUGAAGGAGAACUUCGACUUCAGGCCCGGAAUGAUCACCAUUAACUUGGACCUCAAGAGGGGUGGCAACAGGUUCUUGAAGACAGCUGCUUAUGGACACUUCGGAAGGGAUGACGCAGAUUUCACCUGGGAAAUUGUUAAGCCACUCAAGUGGGACAAGCCUCAGGCAUGAGGGGUUUCGAAUGAAUGUGUAAACCUUCCUUUCUUCAAUGGCUGCUAUAUCUUAGUAGGUGUGGAAUGAAUAAUUCGCCUGUUUAGUUACUGCUGCUCCAUCUUUAGGUCUAUAAUGUCAUCUUAUAUCAUACCUAAACAAUUUUAUUGUUUGUUA